AUGCCUACAAAAUAAAAGCCUUGCUUGCUUUGAUGUCACGGGGCAGGCACGAUGGGUAUAUUUUGCUUAUGUAAAGAUUCAUCCAGUGAUUCCAGGCACGUUCAACGAUGGAGUCCAUUUUACGUUUGCUGGAAAAAUCGGCACCUGCUGCUUAUGCAUCGUCGGCUCUAAGCCAAAUUGCGGAGGAGGCGUAGGUUUGGCUUAAACUGGUGGCCCUUUGCUUCUCUGAGCUCGAACUUCCAUCUAAGAGCUGCAGGACUUCGUAACUCCAUUCUUUUUUUUCUUUUUUGGGGGGGGGCAACGGAAGAGGCUCCUACCUGGCUUGAGCAGCGCCCGGGAAGCGGGGCCUUAGCACACGUGCCCAGGCAGACACGCGCACCAGUAGCCCGGGGGCAGGGCUGCGUGCCGGCUUGCAAAAUCCUACACGCAUUUCCCACCCUUCCGCUUUGACGUGCGAGGCGGCGGUGGGGUUCUCGGGCGUGAAGAUGGCAGCGCUGGCGGAGCCUCUGGGGCUGGAGCGAGAUGUGGCUCGGGCGGUCGAAUUGCUGGAGCGGCUGCAGCGCAGUGGGGAGGUGCCCCCCCAGAAAUUGCAAGCCCUUCAGAGGGUGCUACAGAGCAAAUUCUGCUGUGCCAUACGGGAGGUUUACGAGCAGCUGUAUGACACUCUGGAUAUCUCGGGAAGUCCUGAAAUUCGGGCACAUGCCACUGCUAAGGCAACAGUGGCGGCCUUUGCAGCCAGUGAGGGCCACGCGCACCCCCGGGUGGUGGAGCUGCCGAAGACAGAUGAGGGCCUGGGCUUUAACAUCAUGGGGGGCAAGGAGCAGAACUCCCCCAUCUAUAUUUCCCGCAUCAUCCCAGGGGGUGUUGCUGAUCGCCAUGGUGGGCUGAAGCGUGGAGAUCAACUGCUGUCUGUCAAUGGUGUGAGUGUGGAGGGUGAGCAACAUGAACGGGCAGUGGAGCUUCUGAAAGCAGCACAAGGCACAGUGAAACUGGUUGUGCGCUACACACCCAAAGUACUUGAGGAGAUGGAGGCGCGCUUUGAGAAGAUGAGGACAGCGCGACGCCGGCAGCAACACAACAGUUACUCAUCCUUGGAGUCACGAGGAUAAAUUUGCACAACAGUUGAUUGGGCAGCUGACGACCCUGAUCCACCCUCCUUACCCUUUGGAAUGGUUUUAUCUGUAUAGCGGAGACAUAUUUAUCUAGUUCCCUCCCCUUUGUUGGGAGGUGGGCUUCAGUGUACAGUAUUUAUUCUUCACAUUCCUCUUAUUUAAAAAGAUGUUUGGUGUAAACAAUGGUAUGUAUUUGUGCAAGCCCCUAUCCUUUGUGAAGCUGGAGACAAUAGUUACAGAACUACCAAGAGAAUCAUCCUGGCCUCUGAUGUACAGAGCUAUGAAAGAGAAAGAUAUUCUUCCAUGAGAUAACCUGAGAGGUCUUUUCACCAUUGUAGGUGAAGAACCUCCAUUUAUCCAAUCUCUUCCCCAUCUCCAGACACCAUUGCUGCACUUUUGGUGUAGGAACAGUUUAUUAUGUUAAAUAAGCAGCCCUAGUGAGAUGUAAUUCUAGAUAAAGCAUUAGACAUGG